UUCAUUCGCCUGAAUCUUCAUUAGAUAUUCGGAUUCAGCUCCGAUGAGGCGUUAAAAUUUUUACAAGAUGAAUCUUACACAUUCGAGCAAUCUUUUGAUGGAGCCCAUCAAACGAACGUCUGUGCCCGAUGGUCAAGCUUGGCGCCAGCCUUGGAUCGGUGGAGCUAGGACCGCUGUUGGCACCGGCUAUGCCAGCCAGAUGCAGCAGGUGCGUCGCCACAUGCCCGUUUGUGGACCACCCCGGUUUCGGCUAUCCACUGGCAAAAAGAUCCUCCUUGGCUGGAUACCCCACGUCCUCAUGCUAAGCGUCCCGUUCUGGGCACUCUCUCAAAUGCCCCGCUGGUCAGCGAUGCAUAAUAAUCGGCCGUAUGGCGAUGAUGCAUAGGCCGGAGGAUCAUUGCUAGACUACCACAUUCCUCUCUCACA